CCGUCACACGGCACAAAAGGAUAUCAGAAACUCAGUUGUGAAAGUUAAUUACUGAAAGUUAAAUUCAAGCAUUCAAGCAAACGAAACGAAGUGUGCUACGCAGAGCAAUUUUUAAUAAAGUAAAAAUAAAUUAUAUUUUAAAAAUGUACAAGUUUGCCAUUGUUUUGUUGUCGGCGGUUCUAUUCGCUAUUGUCUUGGCGCGUCCUGCUGAGGAGGAAGCUGCUGCCCGUGCGGCUGUCACCACAACAACCACACCGGCCACAAUACUCAAACAAGUCGAUGUCACCAAUCCAGAUGGCAGCUACAAUAACAGUUACGAGACCUCCAAUGGCAUCAAAGUCGAAAAUGCUGGUUAUUUGAAGAAAAUUGUUGUACCAAAGCAGGAAUCCACCGACGGUCAGGUAAUUGAGGAACACGAGGAGUUGGUGUUGGUGCAGACCGGCUUGUACUCAUACUCCGAUCCCGAGGGCAACAUCAUCACACUGCGCUAUGUAGCCGAUGAGAACGGCUUCCAGCCACAGGGCGAUCACUUGCCAGUGCCGCCAGCUUAAGCCCAGCAAAUACUUUAAACCAUAAUUAUUUGCUACAAAAAACUGAAAAAUAAUAACAACAAAACAGUAAGCAAAUAAAGCACAAAUAAAAGCGGAAGUAAUGAAAUAAGUUGUAAACAAUAAGUAUUACAUUUAACUAAGUUAAUUAGAAGCGAAAAGGUUAAUAAACCAUAAGUCAAUAGUUGCAUAACUUUAAGUAAUUAAAUAAAGAAACGAUAAU